AUGGCUGGUCUCCCGGUCUCUCCUGCAAAGGUGGUCCUUCUGGCGGUGCAUUUCGCGACCAUCUCCGACCUUGAAAGCCUAUCCUCCCUCGUCUCCCAACAUGGCACUAUUCUGCGCCAGGAACUCAUACUUCGAAUUCUUCUCACGUACCUUCCCGAAACCGUCAGUCCCUCGAUUUAUGCGCCUUUUGUGCAUGCCAUAACCUCGGGCGAGCCUCUGUCGCAAACGACACCCGACAACCAACUUGACACUUCUCCCGUGGAUAACCUCUCGGACGAGCAAGCUUCAAGAAAGAUCAAGAAACUUCAUCUCCUGCCGCUAAAAGGCCCCGAUGUACCCCAUGAUACCGAUGUCGACCCCUUAAUCUCCUUCCUAUUCUCAAGGGGCUAUAGGAUGGACGAAGAGGCGGGCAUGCUCUCUCUGGUCCCAGAUCUACUCGUACCGUUCCUCGACCAUGACUCGUCGAUACGCACGUGGAUGAUAUCAACGGUUCUGCCGCUACUGAGGAGAAACCAUCUAUACUACCCCAAAAAACCGGCAGGAUUUUCGCUUCUCGAGUUUGAGAAUCUUCCAGAUCGGACCGCUGUCGAGUACCUGCUUGCUGAGACUGGCGCCGCGGAUGAUGAGUAUGGCUUGAUUGGUCGCGAUUUAAGGGGCUUGAUCGGACCAUGGCUUUACAACGACACGAGGUGGAAGCGGGAUCUCUUUAACGAGGACACAUCCAGCGAGUCUGGUGCAGCAUUAGAAUUGUCCUGCCCCGGCUGGGAGCAAACUCUCGAGUGGCUCAUAUCGCAGGCUUCAGGCUCGUGGAAGAUAGCGCUGAGGGCGAUCGAGUCGUGGGAUGGCCCGUCAGAUACCGACCUAGGAGAAGAAACCAGUGCCUGGCUUCAGGAGAAUCAGCAGCAGUACCUUGACCGCACAUACGCCAAAGCUGUGUUGGCUUCAGCAUACCUUAUUCCCGACUCCGAGGUUGAUGCACUAGAGGGGGCAUACAAAAUGUGCAGCAAGAUUAAGACUCUCCUGGACGAGGAGCCCGAGGGCAACCUCCAGUCGACAGUAGCAGCUCUUGCGCCUGUUCAGCCUUUUGAUGCCAGCGAUUUCGAUGGAGCAAAGGCUUCCGCACACUUGCGGAACGAUCUAUUGCAGCCCUCAAACCCGUUGACAACACCCAAGGAAGAGUCAAUUGACCUCCUUACUGUCCUGAUCCAAAGUGCCUUCCUCCUAACACGGUCCGGUGUUCCCUGCACGGUCCGAAAGGCCGGAGAUCUCGCAUUCAUUCAGGACGUUCAGGACCAAAAGUCCGAACUUGGGCGAUUGAUACGAACACUCUCUGCCCGUGCGCCCAAGAAUGACGAUGAGUUUUGGAUUAGAGCACGACAGGAAGUCCUCUGGCUACACAGUUGGGGAAAUGAGCCUGGCCCUGUAGUAAAUGGUUCUAUACGGGGCAUCUUUGGGCAUGUCCCUGUGGAGUAUAUCGAGACGGAGUUUCUAAAAGCCUUGCUAUCAAGUGGGCGGUACUCUCUUGCAAACUCCCUCUACGAAACAACGCCGAAUCACCCUCUGUCGGCGUCGGUAUUACUCAACACCGUACAGAGCUCUGCUCUUGGAGCCUUUGACAAUGCGUCCAAUCCCAAUCGGACGAGAGGGGGUUUAAAGAAGUGCAAUGAGAUCAUCAGCGCGUUUCCCAAGACGAUAGACAAGACUCAUCCAGCGAGACAACGGAUUGAGGCAUUGCUCAGGGCUACACAUGCCCUUAGUGACUACCGGCUUGUGCUCAAACAAGGCGAGCCCUUCAGUCCAGUUGUCCUCAGGGUGCACUCUGAUCCAGUUUCCAUCAUUGGAAAGGUUCUAGAGCAGAACCCCAAAGCAUAUACCAGGCUACAAGAGUUUGUCGAGCUUGGCAACAACAUGGUCAAUGCCGGCUUGCCUACAUACACUAUUCGGGGGAAGCAGUCACCAACACCCGAUGACCCGGAUCUCAUCCGAUCAAUGGUCGAAAAGCGCAUUGUCGCCAUGUGUAUAGAAGCCGCUCUACAUGAGGACGACUUCGAAACGGCAUACUCGUAUGUGGUCAGUCGUCUUGGAGUCACACAUAGUAGCGAGAGCGAAUCCCGGUCUUCCAUUUUCAGUGACGAGUGGUCAUGGAAGGCAGCACUAGAUGCUGGAAAAUACGUUCGCACCGAAAGGUCACAGAAACCAACACAUCUUGGAACGGCGAGUGGUAACCCUGAGAUCCGCCAUCUUGAGCAGCGCAUUGAAUGCCUUGCUACUUCUCUGCGCAUUGCGCCUCCCCCUCAGCUUCAGGAAGUACUGAAAACCUUCCGCCGCUGUGAAGAGCAGUUGGACGCGGCCAUCAAAGAAGAGGCUGCCAAGGAGGACGCGUGGAAUGCUGCCGGCGAUCUAUCCGGCCUCCCAGGAACAUUUCAGACUCCAGACCCAGACAAGGCAUAUCCGCCCCGCAACAUCACCGCCAGUGCGACCGCUCGUCAAGCUGAAGAAGCACCAAUGUCCCUCUUUGAUCUCUCGAGGGCUACGGCGCGAGUUGCACAGAGAAACUUUACGUCAUUGUCCAGCCUGCAAGGUUCCCUGCAGAGUUCCUUCACUUCAGACAAGACAGCACCGGAGCAUGAAACAUCGGAUACGGAAGGCCACGAUCAUAACCGUGUGAGAAAGCGGGACCAGCUGAGGGAGGCCGCGACUGGUACCCUUGUUUCUGGUGUUGGAUGGCUUCUUGGGGCCAAUCCAACUCGAUCCGGAAGCAGCCAGCAAUAA